AUGUCCUUGGAAACACUAUCAAUCGGUAACGAAUUAAAGGAUUCCUAUAAACAAACUUCCAAAUGGUUAAACAAUGGUAUCAACUGGUUACAAGAUAUCAAUGAAUUUUAUCAAGAGAGAUCAGCUUUGGAAAAAGAAUACCUGACCAAACUAAAAGAAUUAACCAAGAAAUAUUUCGAUAAGAAAGCAAAAUUAUCUGCUAGUUUAUCAGUUGGUGAUGAACCAGCUAUCACUCCGGGAUCAUUGGAAAACGCUUCCUUGGUGCUUUGGACUGAUUUGUUGACACAAACUGAAGCUAUUGCUGAUGAAAAAACAACCUUAUCAAGAGAAUUCCAAACUAAAAUUGCCGAUAAUAUGACUAGUUUGAAAAUUAAAUGUGAAAGAGUAUCACAUCAAGUGGAUAUGAUUAAUGAAUAUUUGGUUCUGGAGAAACAAAAAGUAGAAGAUGAUGUUAACAAAUCCAAAAAGGCGUAUGAUGCAUUAUGUCAAAAUACCGAAUCAGCCAGAGAUAAGAACCAAAAAGCCCCAAGUGAAAAACAUCAAAGAAGAUUAGAUGAUAAACAAGUGGCUAUGAACAAUGGUAAGAAUGAGUACUUGAUCAAGAUCAGUGUGGCAAACAGACUUAAGGACAAGUAUUUUUAUCAAGAUAUACCAGAACUUUUAGAUUACAUGCAAGAAUUGAAUGAAGAUAGAGUAGCCAUAAUGAAUAAAUUAUUGAAGAAUGCAUCGAUUAUAGAACGUAAUUCUUUGGAUAGAGUCAAAGAGAAAUUACAUUUGAUUGACGAAACUAUCGAACAAAACAAACCAAAAUUGGAUGUGGCUAUGUUUAUUAAACACAAUUCUGUUGAUUGGAAAGAACCUCAAGAUUUCUAUUUUAUUCCAUGCAGUUUCUGGCAUGAUGACGAAAGUUUAGUUAUCAAGGAACCAGAAUUGACUGAAUUGAAAAAGAAACUUAGUAUUGCUUCUAAUGAGUACUACAAAUACGAACAAAGUUGUCUUGAUGUGAAACAAAAACUAGAAGAAAGUACCACUAAAAGAAAACAAGAUACUGAAGAAAUUACAUUAAAAUUUGAUGCUGGAUUGCAAGGAUCAUUGGCUAUUUUAGAUAAAUUCAUGAAGGAAGACACAAACAGAGUUAAAAAUGAAGUUGAAAUUGAGAUUAUCCAAAACUUUGCUGGUGAUAAGGAUUUAAGUUAUGUUCCACCUGUGCAGCAAAAGAAAUCAAGAUUUGGAUUCUUAACUGGUGGUGGUAGUCGUAAGAGAUCCGACUCAAAUGCAACCCUGGAUGCAUCGUCUGAAGUACAUUCCUUGAAUCAGGUUAAAACCAGUACUUCAUUGCACAGUGGUAUGUUUGAUUUACGUCGUAACAAGAGUACAAAGAGUAGUCUUGCGGACAAUGGUUCUGGAAAUGGACCUAGUGCCAGUGGAUCAAUUGAAGGUAAAGCACUUUAUGAUUAUGCUGCAACUGGAUCAGAUGAAGCAACUAUGUCUGCUGGUGAUCAAUUUAUCGUUUUAGAAGAAGAUGAUGGAUCUGGAUGGACAUUGAUUAAAGGGUACCAAGGUCAAGGUUUGGUGCCUACUUCGUAUAUUGAAAUCACCAGUCGACCUGUGGUACAACAGCAAGAACCACAGGGUAAAAAGAAAGGUCCAGCUGUUGCACCUAGACGUGGAGCUAAGAAAGUGCAACAUUUAGAAGCAUUAUAUGAUUAUAUGGCAGAUGGUGAUGAUGAAUUGACUAUCCAUGCAGGUGAUCGUAUUAUCUUGAUCCAGGAUGAUACUGAUGGUAGUGGAUGGACAGAAGGUGAACUUAACGGUCAAACUGGUGUGUUCCCUACGAGUUAUGUGAAAAAGAUCUAA